GGGACACCAGGAAGCGAUGGGGGAGCCUUUGGGGCUUUUCUUCUCGCCUCCUUUCUUCCCGUAGGUGACCCAGGAAGUCAGGUGCGCUCGGCUUACCGGGGCUGCCGGCUGCCCCAAGAAGCGGAGAAGGGUGAGGAGGGAGGCUGAGCAGCGGCUGGGAAGACAGAGCCAAGAGUGCGGGCUAACACACCCAGAGAAGAGAAGCCAUGACAACGCUGAUCCACCGAGGGAAACGCGUGGAAGUCGGGAGGCAUGCAGACAAGCGGCUGGAGGCUGAAGAACAUGCCGUGGUCAGCCAGACUCCGGGUGAAGAAGAUCCCGGAGACUCCAAAGAUAUCCGCCUUACUCUCAUGGAAGAGAUCUUGCUUUUGGGCCUGAAAGACAAAGAGGGCUACACAUCUUUCUGGAAUGACUGCAUUUCUUCGGGGCUGCGAGGGGGCAUCCUUAUUGAACUGGCCAUGCGAGGGCGGGUGCAGCUGGAGCCCCAGUCCAUGAGGAAGAAACACCUGCUGGAUCGAAAGGUUGUCAUCAAGUCGGACGCCCCAACGGGAGACGUGUUGCUUGACGAGACGCUCCGACAUCUCAAGGCCACCGAGCCAGCUGAGACGGUGCAGACUUGGAUUGAGUUGCUCACAGGCGAAACCUGGAAUCCCUUCAAGCUGCAGUACCAGCUGCGCAAUGUCCGCGAGCGGAUUGCCAAGAACCUGGUGGAGAAAGGCAUCCUGACCACCGAGAAGCAGAACUUCCUCCUCUUCGACAUGACCACCCACCCGGUCACCAACACCACGGAGAAGCAGCGGCUGGUGAAACGGCUUCAGGAGAGCCUCCUCGACAGGUGGGUCAACGACCCCCACCGCAUGGACAGGAGGACUUUGGCGCUGCUGGUCCUGGCCCACGCCUCGGACGUCCUGGAGAACGUCUUUGCCAGCCUGGUGGAUGAGAAGUACGAUGUGGCGAUGAAUAGGUCCAAAGACCUGAUGGAUAGGGACCCCGAGGGGGAGGCCGCCAAGGCAGCGGGCACCGAGAUGAUCUGGGCCGUGUUGGCGGCCUUCAAUAAAUCCUAAAUCCUCCUGGCGCAUGAAGUGGUUCCGAGCGGCUUCGGCCCUUUUGCCCUCCAGGAAGGAAGCCCGCGGCUUAGUGGUGUCUCCCCACCUUCCUGGCCAAGAGCUUUUGGGGGGGACUGCGGCUUGCCAGGCCCACCAUCGGCCUUGGAAGCUGGGCCUGGAGAGCUCAGUUCUGUUACAGCCCUGCCUUCUCUCUCUCUCUCACACUCACACACACACACACACACACACACACAC